AUGAACUCAAGGAAUAUAAUUGAAAGGAUUGGCACGUGUGCCGAACAAAUGAAAAUCAAACGAUCUGAUUUACUACGAAACAAAAUGAUUUGCAUAAAGUUGGACAUUGCUUCACGAAUGGAAAAAAGUAUAUUGGGAAUUAACGUUCAAGUUAUUGAUAAUUUUCAAAUAAAAAUUGUUACUAUUGGGAUGGUGGAAUUGAAAAAAAGACACACUGCACUGUUUCUAAAGGAAGAAAUCUUAAAAAGUUUCCAUAACUUUGGUAUAAACGCGUCACAUAUAAUUCCUACAAGCACAAUGUUAAGUUCUUUGGAGGGAAAUCCAAUAUGCAAUGAUGCAGAUCCAGUGGCCAGCCAAGUUGAAUUCGAACCUUCUCUGUCUUCAAAUGAUACUUUUCACUUACUUGAACAAAAAGUUACUUCUUGGACACAGCAAUCUCCUCAGUCAACAAGCAAUGUUCAAACAAUUCGUCAAAAACUUGAAGGACUAGCACACGAAACUCGGAUGCCUUUCCAAACAGACAUACUGGAUUACUGGAAAGGUUUGCGAAGCCAUGAGCCAGCUUUAGCAAAAUUAGCCGAAGUAGUUCUAUCUGUUCCAUGUAGUCAGACUUCAGUGGAACGUGCCUUUAGUGCUCUUUCGUUAAUUUUAACUAAGCAUCGUUCCAGGCUCAACGCACCAAAUAUCAAUAAUUUGCUUUUGAUAAGGUUAAAUGAAGAAUUAAUAAUAUGA